UGUUAAWUUCAAGAUGGCGGCUACACAUGAAGUUGCACCAGACGCUCUGCCGUAUUACGAUCAAGGUUAUGAAGAAACGGGAGUCAGAGAAAUGGUAAAUCAGUUAGUCGAAGAGGAGACAAGACGAUACAGACCCACGAAGAAUUAUUUAGAAUUCCUUCCUAAGACUAAUGCCGAAAAAUAUCUCACACCAGUUUUGAAAAAUGAGUUUGAUAGAAUUGGUAAAAGACAACCAAUGGAACUUCUAAGCAUGAAAAGGUAUGAACUUCCUAAACCAGCAGCUGCACAGAAACAUGACAUAACAGCUUGGACAGAAGCUGUAGAUAACUCAAUGGCUCAACUAGAACAUCAAGCUGAGAGAAUAAUCAAUUUGGAGUUAUUAUCGAAGUUUGGUCCUAAUGCAUGGCGAGUCCAUUGUGAUCUUUUAUCAAAGAUACUUGACCAACAACAGAAACUAUUACUGGACAUCAGAAAACAAGUCCAGGAAAUUAACUGGCANACAACUUCAAAAUACAAUACACCAGUUUUGAAAAAUGAGUUUGAUAGAAUUGGUAAAAGACAACCAAUGGAACUUCUAAGCAUGAAAAGGUAUGAACUUCCUAAACCAGCAGCUGCGCAGAAACAUGACAUAACAGCUUGGACAGAAGCUGUGGAUAACUCAAUGGCUCAACUAGAACAUCAAGCUGAGAGAAUAAUCAAUUUGGAGUUAUUAUCGAAGUUUGGUCCUAAUGCAUGGCGAGUCCAUUGUGAUCUUUUAUCAAAGAUACUUGACCAACAACAGAAACUAUUACUGGACAUCAGAAAACAAGUCCAGGAAAUUAACUGGCAAAGGAAAUCAGAACAGUCUGCAGCUGGAGAUCAAUUACAACAUUUAGAGCACAGCUGGGUUGGACUUGUCUCAAAAAACUACGAAAUAGAGCGAGCUUGCUUGGAAUUGGAGAAAGAGAUUCUUAGUAGAAAACAUGAAMUAGCAACAAAUAACUCRUCRUCAUAGUCACCAAUUGUAGRAAUUGUUUUAUAGGUA